CACCUCCACAAUCUUACCCACCGUGACUUUCCCGACACUCCCUCAUUCCUCUAUUGCGCGCUCCUGGCGUUCUGCAUCUGGGUGUAAUUCUGCCUUCCUCCUUUCGAUACCCCUCUUCUAAUCGUCCGCUGCCUCGCGUCCGGUGAGCCCGGAGCUGGUCUGGCGCAAGCAUGGCCCAGCGACAGAUUCCAUUGUCCGUCACGCAGCCGACGCUGCUCACGAACCUCAACAUCCUCCCGGCAUCGAUAUCAUGGCAGAACUGCACACUCGAGUCGGACAAGUAUGUCUGCGUGCGCCAGCAGAACAACGAAUCCAACACUCCCGCCGAGACGGUCAUCAUUGACCUGAAGAACACGAACAAUGUCAUCCGGCGGCCGAUUCGCGCUGAUAGCGCCAUCAUGCACCUGACGGAGCCCAUCAUUGCUCUCAAGGCCCAAGGACGGACGCUCCAGCUGUUCAACCUCGAGACCAAGCAGCGCCUGCAGACAUACUCCCAUCACGAGGACAUCCAGUUCUGGCGAUGGAUCAGCCAGACCACUCUGGCGCUCGUCAGCACAAAGUCGGUGUAUCACUGGGAUGUGCUCGAUGGGAGCAAUCCCCCGACUCCGCGGAAGAUCUUCGAUCGCCAGGAGCAGCUGGAGAACAACCAGAUCAUCAACUACGUAACCAACGACGAUGAGAGCUGGUCGUGCUUGGUCGGCAUUUCUUCGCAUCCGACCGGUGGCAUUCGCGGCAACAUGCAGCUGUUCUCCAAGGCGCGCAAUGUCAGCCAACCGCUCGAGGGCCACGCGGCGACAUUCGGUAGUAUCCGCCUGGACGGUGCCCAAUCCGAUACCAAGCUGUUUGCUUUCGCGGUCAAGUCCGUCUCGGGAGAAGCCAAGAUCAACAUCGUCGAAGUCGACCAUAACGCUUCGAACCCGGCGUUCCCGAAGCGACUCAUUCCGAUCCACUGGCCUGCGGAGGGUACGGGCGACUUUCCCCUCGGCAUUCACAUUGCGAAUAAGUACGGCAUCCUGAUCGUGAUAACCAAGUUCGGCUUCAUCCACCUACACGACCUCGAGACCGGUACCGCACUGUUCUUGAAUAGGAUAUCGGAGGAGACAGUGUUCACAACGGCGCGCGAUGACGAUGGCAAGGGUGUUGUAGUGAUCAACAAGCGAGGGCAGGUGUUGCACACGACUAUUAAGGAAGACGCCCUCAUUCCGUACAUCAUGGAGAACCCGGCGUGUGCGGAAAUCGCAUACAAGCUGGCCUCUAAAGGCGGUCUCCCAGGUGCCGACCAGCUGUACUCUCAGCGCUUUGAGACUCUCAUGCAGCAGGGCAAUUAUACCGAAGCCGCAAAGGUCGCUGCCAGCUCGCCGCGUGGAUUCCUGCGCACGACCCAGACGAUCAACAGGUUGCGCCAGAUUCCAGCCCAACCUGGUCAAAUUACUGUGCUUCUCCAGUACUUCGGCCAGUUACUCGAUAAGGGCGGAUUGAAUAAGGAAGAGACCCUAGAGCUGGCGCGCCCAGUCUUCGCGCAAGGCCGGAAACACCUCAUCGAGAAGUGGCAGAAGGAAGGGAAGCUGCACUGCUCCGAGGAGCUCGGAGACCUCGCAAAGCCCCAUGAUCUCAAUCUCGCACUUGCCAUCUACAAAGAGGCGAACGUCCCCCAGAAGACUGUCGCGGCACUAGCGGAAUUGGGUCACUUCGAUCUCAUCCUUCAAUACUGCGAAUCGGUCGGGUAUCGUCCAGACUACAACGUCCUGCUUCAGCACAUUUUGCGUGUGAAUCCUGACAAGGGGAGCGAAUUUGCGUCCAGCCUUGCCAAGCAUGAGGGUGGCCCUCUUAUCAGCAUCGAUCGCGUCGUCGACAUCUUCCAGUCCCAGGGUAUGAUUCAACAAGCGACAGCAUUCUUGCUGGAUGUCCUCUCGAACAACCUUCCGGAGGAGGGCCAUCUCCAAACCAAGCUGCUGGAGAUGAACCUGCUGAAUGCACCUCAAGUAGCCGACGCCAUUCUCGGAAACGAGAUGUUCUCGCACUACGACCGGGCCCGCAUCGCCCAGCUUUGCGAGAAUGCCGGCCUUUUUACUCGCGCUCUGGAACAUACCGAUGACACAACGGCGAUCAAGCGCAUGGUCGUGCAGACUGAUAAGCUCCCAGAGGAGUGGCUGCUCAACUACUUUGGCCAGCUUACUGUCGAACUUUCGCUUGACUGCUUAGAUACCAUGCUUACAGCGAACAUCCGACAGAACCUGCAAGCCGUCAUUCGAAUCGCGCAGAAGUACUCUGAUCUCCUUGGACCUACGAGGAUCAUCGAUCUCUUGGAGAAGCAUCGUACCGCUGAAGGCCUCUACUUCUUCCUAGGUUCGAUUGUCAACGUCAGUGAAGAUAAGGACGUUCACUUCAAGUACAUUGAGGCUGCAACGACCGUUGGACAGUUGAACGAAGUUGAGCGCAUUUGCCGCGAAAGCAACUUCUACGAUCCCGAGAAGGUUAAGAACUUCCUUAAGGAGGCCAACCUCACUGAACAGCUACCUCUCAUCAUCGUUUGCGAUCGGUUUAACUUCAUUCAUGACCUCGUCCUCUAUCUGUACAAGAAACAGCAGUUCAAGUCGAUCGAGGUCUACGUGCAGCGCGUCAACCCAGCUAGGACUCCGGCCGUCAUCGGUGGACUCCUUGAUGUUGACUGCGACGAGGGUAUCAUCAAGGGUCUUUUGGCUUCCGUGACACCUUCCUCCAUCCCGAUCGAUGAACUUGUCUCGGAGGUCGAAUCGCGUAACCGUCUCAAGCUUCUUCUGCCAUUCCUUGAGCAGACCUUGGCUGCUGGCAACCAACAACAGGCCGUGUACAACGCUCUCGCCAAGAUCUACAUUGAUAGCAACAACAACCCUGAGAAAUUCCUCAAGGAGAAUGACCAAUACGACACUCUCGUUGUUGGAAAAUACUGCGAGAAGCGCGACCCGAACCUUGCCUACAUUGCCUACAGUAAGGGCCAGAAUGAUCUUGAGCUGAUCAACGUUACCAACGAGAACUCCAUGUUCAAGGCCCAGGCUCGCUACCUGCUCGACCGUGCAGACGGCGAGGUUUGGGACUAUGUCCUGAGCCCCAACAAUAUGCACCGGAGGUCCUUGGUCGACCAGGUCAUUUCCACGGCUGUUCCCGAAUCGCAGGAUCCCGACAAGGUCUCAGUUGCUGUCAAGGCUUUCAUCACGGGCGAUAUGCCCGCAGAGCUUAUUGACUUGCUAGAGAAGAUCAUUCUUGAACCGUCCAGCUUCAGUGACAACCCUUCCCUGCAGAACCUGCUCAUGCUCACAGCAGCCAAAUCAGACCGUGGCCGCAUGAUGGGCUAUAUCCACCAGCUCGAGCACUAUACGCCCGAGGAUAUUGCCCAGCAGUGUAUCGAGGUCGGCAUGUAUGAGGAAGCUUUCGAAAUCUACAAGAAGCAUGAGAGCCAUGUCGACGCCGUCAACGUCCUGAUCGAGCACAUUGUAAGCAUCGACAGGGCACAGGAUUAUGCGGAGCGUGUGGAUAUUCCAGAAGUUUGGAGCAGGGUGGCAAAGGCUCAGCUCGAUGGUCUUCGUGUCACUGACUCCAUUGAGUCGUACAUUCGCGCACAGGAUCCGUCGAACUUCCUGGAAGUCAUCGAAAUCGCCACACACGCAGGCAAAGACGAGGAACUAAUCAAGUUCCUGAGAAUGGCCCGUAAGACGCUACGCGAGGUCCCCGUUGACACCGCCUUGGCCUUCUGCUAUGCUCGCACGAACCAGCUACCAGAGCUUGAAGACUUCCUGCGAGCUACCAACGUCGCCGAUGUUGAGGCUUCUGGUGACAAGGCGUACGAGGAGGGCUACCACGAGGCCGCGAAGAUCUUCUACACCAGCAUCUCGAACUGGGCUAAGCUUGCCACAACGCUUGUCCACCUCGAAGACUACCAGGCUGCUGUUGAGUGUGCUCGCAAGGCUAACAGUAUCAAGGUCUGGCGACAGGUCAACGAGGCCUGCGUCGACAAGAAGGAAUUCCGCCUUGCCCAGAUCUGCGGUCUCAAUCUCAUUGUGCACGCCGAGGAGCUUGCUGAUUUGGUCAAGCAGUAUGAGUACAAUGGGUACUUCGAUGAACUCAUUAGCCUCCUUGAGGCUGGCCUUGGUCUAGAGCGCGCACAUAUGGGAAUUUUCACCUCACUCGGUAUUGCGCUCUCCAAAUACCACUCGGAGCGCGUCAUGGAGCACCUCCGCCUCUUUUGGUCUCGCAUAAAUAUCCCUCGGAUGAUUCGAGCCUGUGAGGAAGCUCAUCUGUGGCCGGAGCUCAUCUUCCUGUACGUCCACUACGAUGAGUGGGACAAUGCCGCCCUCGCCAUGAUGGAGCGUGCAGCGGAUGCUUGGGAGCACCAGUCGUUCAAGGACACGAUCACCAAGGCCGCCAAUGUCGAGAUCUACUAUCGCGCCCUGGGCUUCUACCUCGAGGAGCAGCCAACUCUACUGACCGAUUUGCUCCAAGCACUUACGCCUCGUAUUGAUGUCAACCGCGUCGUCCGCAUGUUCCUUAAGUCAGACAACAUCCCGUUAAUCAAGCCCUUCCUUCUCAGUGUGCAAGGGCAGAACAAGCGGGAGGUCAACAACGCCCUUAACGACCUUCUGAUCGAGGAGGAGGACUACAAGACUCUGCGCGACUCGGUUCAGAACUUCGACAACUAUGACGCCAUGGACCUUGCCCAGCGUCUCGAGCGACAUGACCUGGUUUUCUUCCGCCAGAUCGCCGCCAACAUCUACCGCAAGAACAAGCGAUGGGAGAAGUCGAUCGCCCUUUCCAAGCAAGACAAGCUUUUCAAGGAUGCCAUUGAGACGGCAGCCAUGUCUGGCAAGACCGAUGUGGUUGAGGACCUGCUUCGCUACUUUGUCGAUAUCGGUAGCCGCGAGUGCUAUGUUGGCAUGCUCUAUGCCUGCUACGACCUCAUCCGCCCAGACGUCAUUCUGGAAGUUUCAUGGCGCAACGGCCUUCACGACUUCACAAUGCCGUAUAUGAUCAAUUUCCUCGCUCAGCAAGCCGCCACGAUCGAGAUGCUCAAGAAGGACAACGAGGAGCGCAAGGCUCGCGAGGCUUCCCAGCAGAAGAAGGAAGAGGACACACCAAUCCUGGGCUCUCGCCUGAUGCUCACGCAGGGUCCAAUGGGAUCGGCGCCGUCACCCGGCCCGUACCAGCAGCCGAACGGUGUUGCUCCUCAGCCCACCGGGUUCAGGGCGUUCUAAAUUCCUUCAUCGUCCGGUUCCGCCCGCGAAUCUGGGGCCUUGCCUUCACCUACAUAGUUGACGUUUUGGCGGUUAUGCAAAAGCGAGUGCGGGGUGCAUACACUCUGGUCCUGGGCAGCGAUGUACUCUACGGGCGUUUACGGUGGGUUCCAUGUUUGGGGCAUCUUGGUAUGCGCCGAGCACUUCAGAUGCAUGUAUUCUACACUACCUAAUCACUUUCCAUUGGUGAUGCGUCCCUGCUUGCUUAUUCUGGAGGCUUCGUAUGUCUCUGAUUGGUGUCUCGACGCUCUGCUGAUGUGGAGUCGUGGAUUU